GCCCCAUUCAACAUUGUCUACAUUACACUAUGAAUACAACGCCAGAAGCAGAACCAGCUACAAUAGAACAGGUGCCAGAAAGAAAGAUAUUUUCUAUCGAAUUUCCAGGGCACGUUCAGAACCUCGACAAGGCUAUAGAAGCCCUAGGUGGUGAAAAGGCCAUUACGAAUGCAUAUCAUGGAGGUGCUCCACUUGAUCUGCGGUAUAGAACCAAAGAUCCCUUCUCAAUACCAAUUCAUGGACAGACCAUAUCGACCGGAAACUUUUUACUAAAGGCAACUCGGCGAUAUAAAGUCAAGUGUCAGCCAGGAUCAAAACGGACACUUCCGCCAUAUCGUGCACCAACUGAGGCCGAUGUUCCAUAUAAUGAAGACGAAGAGCCAGAGUAUAGUUUUGAGAUAGUCGGUUCUAUUCCAAAAACCACUCGCUUCGCAGGACUUGCAGAUUUUCAGCAUAUCGUCGAUCCAAGGGACCCAAUCGUCCAAAUCAAGUCAGAUCUUCAGAAUGUUGAGUAUGAACAUCUCAUCUCACUCCAGGUUGAUAACAAAGAUGCAACAGAGAAUGUCAUGACCAUGCAAGUACUUCCUCCAUCUGCUAUCUCCAAAACAACCAUUCCUAAUGCUUACAGAUACAAGGCUAGAGACAGGGACGAUGGCGUCAAGGGCAUUCGAGGGAGGAAACCAAAAUCAAAGCAUAAUGCUCGACCACCAAAUGCCUCAACAUCCAUGAAUCCUGAUAGUAAUGAGAGUGAUGGACUGUAA